CGUGUAACCCGUGUGGAAUAGACAGUUCGUAUUCAACAACACCAACAUCGCAAACUGACUGUAAUCACAAAGUUACUUUAUCCAGCAUGAUAACUAACAUGAAUAACGUGAUUCGGAGAUUGAAGAAUAUAUCAUUAAAUAUGGAAGAAACUCUGAAUCCAGUGAACAUUAAGGGUAUGAACCGUUGUGAGGUACAGAUUAUAAGCCCUUUACAUAGGAUUGGCAAAAAAGUCAGAAAAGUCAACAAAAAGAUUAGAUUUAUUCACGAGACGUAUGCUAAUUUAACCUUCGUUCAUGAUGUUUUAAACCACGUCUCAAAAGUACUUGGAAAUGAUGGAAGUGACAAUCGGUCUUUACAAACUGCCAUGUGUACCCUGCAUCAAGCCAACAGAAAGCUUCAAUGUAAGGGAAGAAACAAAAAGAACAAGCCAAUUAAAACAUUUCAAAGGACAAGAGUCUGUGGCAAGAAAAAGAGAUUUAGGAAGACAAAACGAAAUUGUUUCAAAAGAGACGAAUUCGAAGAUUUAUCAAAAAUCAAAGCAGCGGAAAAUAUUCUGCAGGGUACCUUAGACUUUUGGAAUUCCUGUGUUUAUGAAAGGAAGGGUAGGUUUGGUUUAAAACGAAAAUGCCGAAAUAAGAUUUUUCGAUAUAGUAAAAAGAAAGGGAAAAGAAAUAAAAAGAAAAAUAAAAGAACCAAAAAGAUUCAUAAAAAAGUUACAGGACUAAAAGAAUCAAAACGAUUAUUAAAAGAAGAUAAUAAAAACUGAAAGAGAAGAAAACUCUGGUGCAACUGUGUUUGAAUUUUUUGACAGUUAUGAACUUUUCCUCAAAUGGCAGCUAUGUCUUCGACUUGCGAAUCCAUAUCAGUAUUACAUUGUUUUUGCUCUGUUGAAUUAUUUUAUAUACUCGGAAUGUUAUUCAGAACAGUGUUCAUUACAUCACUUCAUAUAAUCGUAUUUAUUA